CUGGAGCAUUUAUUAUGUUAAUCCCCUGAGCUUUGCUUCCCAGCAAUCGUCAGUGUGGCUCAAACUCACAAAAGUUCUCUACAGUUUGGAUGUUUCUUACAGUAACAUUGGGGCAUCUUUGCAUUAUGAGAAAAUGUUUUUUAAGUGGAAGGGGGAGGGAGGGUGUGUGCACAGAGCUCCCUAUAGUCUCCAUGCCUUUAGCUAGAACCUGGCUCUUUAAAAGGCUCAACAGAUGUUUGCUUAAAAAAAAAAAAAGCGAACUUUUUAAAGCUUCAAACGAUGCGCAGCACAAAAAUUUCCUUCAGAAAAAUACCAAAUCCUGUAGCCUGCGCGCUGCGCGGGCGCCCGCAGUGCCCUGCCCUCCUCCCACCCCCGGGCCUGAGGGCGCGGGCAUCGCAGUCUUCUGUUGGUGGGUCAAUUCGGAAACAUGAAUGGUAACAACAUGGUAUGGAACAGUGGGAUUCGGCACGUUUGCACAGGACGUUUUGGGAGCUGUUUACUGUAGUCUGCCUGACAUUGGGACAAUAUUGAGCAAGCGAGCUCCGUCAGGUGGAAUCUUGAGGUUUCGCUGGCAGGAGUUUGGUGCUUGGGGAGUGUGAAAGCUCGUGUGCUCUCCCGUCGGGAGGAGUAAACGAAACUGGCGACGCCCCCGCGCAAGUUGCAGGGCUUGUCAACAAGUCCUGUCGCGAGUGGUGACCCUUCAGCCCCAAGGGAGUGAGCGAAGAAGCGUAUGAGAAACACAUAGCAUCUACUGAGAAGUGAAACCGGAGCCCCUAUAUAAAGGUGUAUAAAUCAAAACAAAAAAGAAAAAUACCAAACUGCUGGGCUGUGCUUUCUAAACGGCGCGGGAGAUUGCCACGGCGAGCUUCGUUCUAUCGCCCGGGCGCUGCCCGUGCCCCCGCCGCAGCAGGUCCCGCGUCAGUGUCCAACCUCGUCGGGCAGGAGCUCGGAACGAGCUCGCGGGCAGCCUGGGUCCGGACGUCUGGGCGGUGCAGCCGGCGGGAGGGAAGCGCCUGGUGCCCCUGCCUGCCAGCUCCCCCGCGGGGCCGUGUGCGCCCACCCGCACCUGGGACCUAAGGACGCCGGAACCCGGUUCCCGGGGUGUGGGCGCAGCGGAGCAUGAUAGCUACCGUACCGCCCAGCCGUGAGGCCCAGCGGAGAGGCGGAAGUCGAGGGCGCAGACUCUGCUGGGGGAACUUUACUGCGAAGGCACCUUCCUGUCCUCGACUCCGCCCCCUCCAGAGGGGCUCGGCUCGGGAAUUCAAGAUGGAGUCGCUGAGUCGAGCUGGGCAGGAGAUGAGCUUAGCGGCUCUGAAGCAGCACGACCCCUACAUCACCAGCAUCGCAGACCUCACGGGCCAGGUGGCUCUGUACACCUUCUGCCCCAAGGCCAACCAGUGGGAGAAGACUGAUAUAGAAGGGACCUUAUUUGUAUAUCGAAGGUCAGCUUCACCUUACCAUGGUUUUACCAUUGUGAAUCGAUUGAAUAUGCACAAUCUUGUUGAACCAGUGAAUAAAGAUUUGGAAUUUCAGCUCCAUGAACCAUUUCUUCUGUAUAGAAAUGCAAGCUUGUCAAUAUACAGUAUCUGGUUUUAUGACAAGAAUGACUGUCACCGCAUAGCCAAACUCAUGUCUGAGGUGGUAGAAGAGGAGACACGGCGCUCCCAGCAAGCUGCGCGGGAUAAGCAGAGUCCUAGCCAGGCCAACGGUUGCAGUGAGCACAGGCCCAUCGACAUCCUGGAGAUGCUCAGCCGAGCCAAGGAUGAGUAUGAGAGGAAUCAAAUGGGCGACUCGAAUAUCUCCAGUCCUGGGCUACAGCCAAGCACUCAGCUCUCCAAUCUGGGAAGCACCGAGACUCUAGAAGAGACGCCAUCCGGGUUACAAGAUAAGGUUGCAGGUCCCCCCGUGGUUACUGCAACAACCGCUGUGGUGUCUUCAGUGCUGCUGUCCCCGAGUGUUUUCCAGCAGACAGUGACCAGGGCCACAGACCUGGAGAGGAAAGCAAGCUCCCCUUCGCCCCUGACAGUUGGAACGUCGGAAAAUCAGAGAAAGCCUUCCAUUAUUCUCAGCAAGUCUCAGCUCCAGGAUACAUUAAUACAUCUAAUUAAGAAUGACUCCAGCUUCCUCAGUACACUUCAUGAAGUCUACUUGCAGGUUCUGACCAAGAACAAGGACAACCACAACCUAUGACUGGAGCAGAAACCAGCCUGAAAACAGAAUGUCAACCUCAGAAACAAAUAGGCCUCAUCAUGAGAACUUCUGAACAGAACAUGGAGUUUCUAGAAUCCUGAAAUUGAGCCUAUGAGCAAGAGACUCAUUCCUUAAGAAUGUUUCCCAAGUGACGUUCUCAGUGAUAAUGGAGGUUUCACUGUGAAGCAUCACCAGCAGACCUUUGUUUUGACAAAAAAAAAAAAAAAAAAAGACCAUUGUGUUAAGUUGUGUGGGUGUUUUCAUCAGCUGUAAGCACCUGUGAAAUAAGGAGUCUGAGUUUCAACUGCUUUCGCUUUCGAAGUCUUAGGGAGGAGGGUCCCCAGCCUUGCCGCAGUCAGAGUUCAGCCCAGCCUGUCCCCCCUUCCCCCUGUCCCCCCCAGGAACCUGAGCAUUAGGCUGAGAGUCAAGUUUGAGCAGCGCAGAAGCCAACUCUGUGCAGUGUCGUUUCCAGUUGUAAGGAUCAGAAUUUAAAUGGGCAAGUUAGGACUGGUUUGUUCAAGUGAAAUAUAUUUUAUAUGAGUGCUCCAUUUGGGCCUUUAAAGUCCUGAAAAUUGUGUUUUGUUUGUAAGAGUCCUUAGUGCUGACAUGCAGCAGGUUCGUUCCCAUAUGGUGGCGAGAGAGCAGGCACGUCACACCUCUGAAGCAAAGGCUGAGGCUGGUAAAGCUCAAAUUCUAUCAGAAAUCUUCACGUUAAGUUAAACUCUCCAGUGGUUUUGAAAACGUUACAUUUGUGUGUGAAGCAUAGCCUUAUUUUCCUUUUCUGUGUAAACACAGAGGUCUUUGUUGAUUGUUUUCCUUAACACUUUGACAAAGGACCAGUGGACCAAUCUGACAAAGCCAUUCUGGUUCCAUUCCUCGAGUCUACUGAGAAUAAUGUUGAAGCUAUGCAGAAAAGGGAGCUGUUACUUACACUGCCCUUACCUUAUUGUAGUAUACAGAGUUCAAGCAAAGCAAAUUCAGAACUUUACCAAUGUAUUCAGGCUGUGAGUACUUUUGCAGCCAAAGUGUGAAAAUAUGUAAAGAUGCUUUGUUAUGCUGCUAUUAAUCUGCCAGGAUUUAUAUUUAUUCUUUUAUGGCAUGUAAUGGUGAUUAGUAAUAUUUUAAUGUAGAUUUGGGUUUAUUUCAGCAAUAGUAAUUUUAAGAUAUUCUUUGAAUGAAAAUGUUUUUGUUUCUAUGAUACAGGUCAUUUUGUAGUAUUUAACCAAUUAAGAUGCACUGCUUACUUUUCUGAGCACUAUUUAAUGAUUGGGUAAAAACCCUAGUGGCCCAACCAGCUAGCAUAAGGAUUAGCUGUGAAUAAUGCUGACAGAUGUGAUAGUUCCUCGGGAGCAAUCAGUUAAGCUUUAAUGGUAACUCAGUCAUAAGCCCAUAGAUUUUGUUUCCUAGUUGAGAUUUUAGAAAAUUACCUGUGAAUUGCAUACUUGUUUUAGUUUGGUCUUAGUUUUUUAGCAUAAAGAAUGCUUUGUUUGAUUGGCUUUAUUCAUCUAAACAUGCUUCUCUGGCAACUUUUCUGCUUCUCAAUUUAGUGUCUUCUAUUGCAUCUACUUAGUUAUUUGUGAAUUGUGCAAAAGUCAGGAAAACUUAUAAGUUCUCAUACUCAAUUAGGAAUAGUUUGUUUUCAAAGGUAGUGUGUAAGUUCAGCAACCAAAAGUGAAUUGCUGGUGUGUCACAGGGAAAGGGAAAGUUACAGUAGGAUACAGAGAGUUACUGACACCAGGAGACUGUCCACAGAGCCACACGACUGUUCUCAGAAAACAGUUGCACCGGUAGGUUUGAUCACACCCAAGAGUAGUCUCAGUGGGCUUUGGUAAGCAGAAGAAUCAAGGGAUUCUGGUUAUAAUUAGUAGACAUUUGAAUUGACAUGGUGAUUUGAGUAUGUAUAAUAUUAGGAGAGUUGAGAGAGAAUAUCCUAAGAGGGUCUGUAAUCAAAUCUGUUCAUUUUCACCCUUUAACCCAAGGGAAUAAAUAUGAUAGAUGGAAAAGAGAAUCUGUGAUAAGGUUUCCUUAAUGUGAAAGUAAAUUUUAAGUGCCCAAGUCAUGGAGAUUUGAAAAGGUGAUGCCUGUUUCAACUCCUAAAUUUAAAUAUUCAGAGCAUGUAUUCAAACUUCAGAAGCCAGAACUUCACCAUUAUGAUUACCUGGAAGUUUGGGCCAGAAUGAGUUCCUAAGAAAGUCGGGCCAAGCCUGGAUAGUUGCAGUGAGAUGAUCCUGGCCCAGAAGUCCGUUCAGUUGCCUUAUUCCUUUCAGGCUCACUGUCCAGAACCUCGUGCUAGCUUGGGUUGCGUGUUUACAUUGCUACCGUGUCUUUUCUGGAACCUUAGUUGAAUCGUAAUGGACAC